CAAAAUGUUUCGAACUUUAUAUCUCCUCAUAGUUCUGGUCAUUUUAAGCUAUAGUGUGAGAUCAUUUAAUUAUACUAGCUGUGACCAGGCGAAGCAGCCAAAAUUCUUAAGUUCCUGCUGCGAUGUACAAAAAAACGAUAAAGUUAUUAAAACCUGUCGUAAAUCUUUGCUGGACAAUAACUUAACAACUACAAGUAAUGGAGGGACGAAAAAUCUAAAAUUUGAUAAAGUGGCUCUUCAUGCGUGUAUUGCCGAGUGUUACUUCAAAAGUAGUGGCUUUUUACUGAACAAUGGAAGCGUCCACGUAGAAGCUUUAAGGAAAAGUUAUCAGCAACGCUACAAAGACGACCAAGCCAUGUCGCAAAUAAUGGUGAAAAGCCUAAACAGUUGUACGGAUUACGCUCUAAAGCGGUCUCAACAAUUUCAAUGGAUGCGCACAAAGGGAGAGUGCGACUAUUAUCCUGCAACAUUACUAGCCUGUAUUAUGGAGCAGGUAUACGUAAAUUGCCCAGCCACCAAAUGGAAGAAUACUAACGAUUGUACAGCGAUGCGGAAAUAUUUGAUCGCCUGUGACGACGUUGCUGUCAACAGAAAGUAACAUAUCAAAAAAUACCCAAAUAUAAAGCUUUGGCAGACGAA